AUGCGGUCCAGAUAGCGCUGCGGCGGGUUUACAGUCGUCAGAACCGCUUCCAGCACCAGCGUCCGCUUGUUCGUCCUGUCAGGCCGCGGGUGGAGUCCGGCCGCCGCCAUGUCCAGCGCCGUGGACUUCCACUCUCAGAUCGCCUCCAUCAUGGAGGUUCUGGCCAACGCGGCCGUGGCGGAGAUCUGCAAAGUGGUGGACGACGGCUACGCGGUGGUCCAUCUGGAGAUGUCCCGGAGCCAGAAGGAGAACGACUUCCUGCGGAGGAAGAUCAAGCUGCUGGAGCUGCAGAUCGCCCGGUACCGAGCGGAGCGGGUGCGGGGUCCGGAGGGCUCCGGCGGCAGCCGCUUCCCCGGAGUCCGCCUCCUCAACCGGCAGGGCAGGGACCCGCUGGCAGGCCCUUCUCUGCAGGGUAGGACCAGGUUUCUGAACCGAGGUCCAGGGGCGCAGCAGUCUGUCCAGAAGAUCCAGCCCAUUGACUUGGACCAGGAUCCUGAUCAGGAGGUCGUCACCACCACCAAGACUGAGUCAGCAGAGCCUGAGGAGGAGGGGGAGCUGCUGAUCGUGAAGGUGGAGGGAGGUUUGGAGACUGGACCCGCCAACCAGGGAGCGCCGCCAGAUCCCUGCAUCAGCACCAGAGGGGACGUCGGCACCGACACGCCGCUCACUGCCGUCUUGAAAAACCCCAGACGCCACAGUGAAACGGAGGGCCAAGGAUGUCUGACAAACACAAGCAGCCCUCACAGCCGCCAGGAACAGACGGACCAAGUGCAAGGUGACACCCCGAAGAGAUCCAGUCCCUCCCAAAGACCGCUGGAACAUCAGGAGAACAGCCAGCCUGAAGACAUGGAGCAGCCAUCUUGUUCUACGUUCAAAGCAGCAAAGCCGUCAUUUAGCCACAACCGGGCCUCUGGUUUCCCGGCUGGUUCUAAAAUGCCUCCGAGCAGUAUGAACCGGGCCGGUCCUGUGUUUAACUUUGAGUCCAGUGCAGUCGGCUCAGUCUCACAUGUAGCGGAGGACAAACCGUGGUCGUCUGCACGAGCUGGAGACGAUGCAGCUGAUGAAGCUGUCAGCGGUGUGAGGUCACCGUAUCAGUCGCUGCUGUUGGUUCAGGUCCACCAGCCAGCAGCCGGUGACGUGAUGUGUGACGGCAACGCAGCCUACAGGGAUCACGUUGCCAAGGGAACAGUGGACUCCCAGCAUCCCUGGUCUGGAAUCCAGCAGGCAGACAAGUUCUCCAGUCAGGACCAGCUUUACCAAGCCUCUGACAGUCAGAAGACGGAGUCGGGCCCAGCACAGUCCCAGCAGCAGCCCUGCCUCCCCUACGCCUGCACCUUCUGCUCGCGCCGCUACGCCCACCAGUGUCAGCUCCGCAUCCACGAGCGUGUCCACACUGGAGAGAAGCCGUACCAGUGUGCCCAGUGCGGGAAGAAGUUUGGCCAGUUCUGCAGCCUGAAGCGCCACCAGAUGGUCCACACGGGGGAGAGGCCGUUCCCCUGCCCUCACUGCGGGAAGCAGUUCUCCACCUCCACCAAUCUGAAGGUCCACCAGAGCGUCCACACCGGGGAGAAGAGGUUCCACUGCUCCAAGUGUGGCAAGAACUUCUCCUUCCUCAGCAACCUGAUCAGGCACCAGGCUCUGCACACAGCCAAGUAGCGGGAGACGCAGAGGGACGAGGAAAUGCUCUGCAUGUGCCUGAAGCUACAGAACAACCCCUCAUGCAGGUCCAACACUCCUACUGUACUCAGCCUGGCUGCCUGUAGAGAAAACACAACGUCUAAGUCUGAAUACGAUGGCUGAGGUCUUUGACUGGUCAGAAGUCGGGCUUCUGAGCUCAGUCACAGCUCAGCUCUGCCCCAGAACAGCUCCUGUGUCCACUGCUUCCUCAUGCUGCUGUGUGUCCAUGUGACUCUGUGUCUGCUUUGGAUUCAUUUCAACACGUCUGUAGGAUGAGCCACGUCUUUAGGCAGAUACCACACAUGCCAUCAGCAGCGAGUCCAAGUUAGAAUCCUGGCCAGACUGGAGCUUUCCUGCAUGUCAUCCCAAAAACAGCUAAACAUUGUGUUUUAAAAAGUGCCUGUAAAAUCCUUGGAGUAGCGUUGUCAUGAAACCCGUCUGUCAUAGUGUAGUCUUUGUGUAGUUCAUGACAUGAAGAGACGUGACUGAUGGACUGAAUUCUCUGCAGGAUGGAGGAACUUUCUGACCCAUCAGGACGACAUUUAAAGACGUCCAUGUGUCGUCUGUCUUCAUUAGGACAGGAUGCGUAGGAUAGGACUGGACAGGACGCCGGCCCUGUAGCCGGGCCUGCUCCGUCCCCUGCUGCCCACCGGGGAUCUGAAACUAGAGCCAGUCAGACUGAAAGAACACCUCCAGCAUUAACAGGUGUCACUACACAUGUUGUCCUUUAGACGCACAUCAAAAUAAAUGAAAUGAUUUGUUGUUGUUUUUAUUUAUGAUAUGUGUGUUUUAUUUGUCACUGGAACUGUUUUUAAAUUGUGUGUUUGUGCGAAUACAACUUGUUCAAAUACAAA